UAGAGGUUGAAUGAUCUGGGCUGCAAGAGCCAGGCUAUUGUUUUUAGUUUGACCACAGCAUGUUUGAGAAUUUGAACACAGCCCUCACUCCAAAGCUGCAGUCGAGCCGCUCCUUCCCACACUUAUCCAGGCCUGCAGCCCCCAGCUCCACCACCCUGAGCUCUGCAGAACCUGGUGGGCCAGGACUGAGGGUGGGCAGCAGCCAGCACCUCAAGAACCUGGGCAAAGCCAUGGGGGCCAAAGUCAAUGACCUCCUGCGGAGAAAGGAGCCCUUAAGCCUGGGCAAUGUGGGCGUGAUGGAGAUCAACAAGACUGCAGGAGCACAGCUGCCUGGGGGCGCUGACGUGGCAUUGGGAGCCAACUUAGAGGAGGAAAGGUCACCAUCAGAAGCCUUCCCUCGGCUGGAUCCUCCACCUCCUAUAACCAAGAAGCGAACUCCUCGGGCCCUGAAGACUACCCAGGACAUGCUAAUCUCUUCGCAGCCUGUCCUCAGCAGUCUGGAGUGUGGGACUGAGCUCUCACCUGGGCAGCCUCAGGACUGUCCUCCCACUGCCCAGCCUGUCUCAGCAGAUGCUUCACCACCAGAACGGAGAAAUAGGGGCGAGGCCCUGGCCAAUGGCGAGGUGUCCCUGUCCAUACCUGACCUCAUCCACAAGGACAGCCAGGAUGAGUCCAAGCUAAAGGCGACUGACCACAGGAGAGCCUCAUCCCCUGGCCUCAUAGAGAGGAAUGGCCUCAAACUCAGCUUGAGCCCCAUCAGCCUGGCUGAGUCCUGGGAAGACGACAGUCCCUGUCCUCGGGCACGGACCUCCAGCCUUGACAAUGAGGGCCCUCACCCAGACCUGCUGUCCUUCGAAUAGACCCUCUUCUCCUCCCUGCCAAACACCCCUACUGCUCCUGCUUUCUCCUUCACUCUGCGCACAGGUCCUUGCCCCAGCUCUACCCUUUGUCUUCCUUGUGUGAGACUCAGCAGGGAGCCAACUCUCCACACACAUGGCUAGAAGUCCACAGUCAUCCCAGCUGAAGAAUCUAUCUGAAGAAUGGCCAAAGGACUUGGGUGCCAUCCCUGGUCCAUUUUCCAUAAACUCCCUGGGUGCCAGCUGCAGCCUUUGGGUCCUGCAGCUCCUAGCUUCCCAAUGAAUGGCAGGGCCACCAGCCCAGGAUAGUGGAGCUCAUGAAAAUCCUUUGCCCACCUCCUGUCUGCUGUCUGCUCUUGUCUCUCCUAUUUCCUGUUUUCUUCUCUCUCUGUGAUGGCUCAUAGCCCUACCCCCACCCCCAUGUGCCUCAUGGAGAAUGAAGCUGGGUGAGGAAUGAUGGUUUGGCUUGAUGAUGGGCCUGGCCUAGAAAGCCUUGCACACUUGACUGCAGCCCAACCAUGGCUCCUCUGCCCUCAAGACAGUGUGGGGCUCUGGUUGCCAUCUUUCCUGUGCCCCUGGGGUGGGGCCAGAUGAGGUACUUCCCAGGCCUGAGACCUUGCAGUAUUCCCCCUUGAUUGAACCCUGUUACCUCAGGUUAUCAAAAGUUUUCACCAGUCAGUCAGAUGUUAGACCAUAGAAUGAAGUCUUCCCCUGUCUUGAAGAAGCACUUGGAGAAAGGCUGUGUCUGAGCACAGCUCCAUGCACAGAAGGACAAUCAGGCUGCCUUUGCUGUAUGCAAAGACAGGGCUAGGCAAGCCCCCGGCAGAAAUAGCAGAGGAUGUUCUAGUUUUGUUUUGAGAGGAGAGCCUUUCCUCUCAGAGGGAGUGGGCCUGUGAGAACCAAACGUGGAGAUGGUAGAGAGAGAAGUGAGGCCAGGACAUAGAAGAACGUCACUGGGGAUGGGAGCAGCUUUUCAGGGUCACCCCCAGCCCAGAAUGAGGCUAUGCAGGGUCUGGGAAAGUGCAAGAGCCGGGUGAAGCAUGUGAGAGGUUGGGAUGUGGUGAGAACCAGUGGAAAUGGCUUUGAAUUCAGUGGCAGGUGCCCUGGGGCUUAUGCUGAAGUUGCUGAGUGUCCCACAGUGCUUGCCGCUCCUGGAGGGGACACUGGCCUGGCCUGUGCCUCCCUUAUCCUGAUGCCCAUGGUUGUCCUGUGUGUCUACUUUCAGUACUUGGUUGAAAAGGGACCAACAGGGAUCAUCCAACCUUCCUUAGCUGGUUCCUGCCUUCCUGGGUUAACCUUUGUAUUCCUAUCUCCACCAGGGGGCAUAUCAUGUUGUCUUCCUGUGGCCAGGAGAUGCUGAAGGGAACCCAGCCAAGCGGGCCUUUGCAGGAAGAGGAGACCCUCUCUUUUCUUGAACAAAGGGGCCAGUGCUCAGGAGAAGGCUGGGAGAGGCACAGCCGCCCACGUCAGGCUCUUCCAGCCAUCGUCCUCCUAUGAUUCCCGUGACCUCCCCAUCUGUUUAUUGUGUAGCUUCCCACCCCUGCACUCCUGGACACCUGGGAUUCACUUCCCAAUUCAUCACUGAGCGUCUGCUUCUGUUCCCACUACCUCUGCCACACAGAACAUCCAUGCCAACUCCUGCAGAACUGGAAGCCUCAGCGGGAUCCCUGGGAUGUGGGUACCUUCCUGCAUCUUGCUUCUGCAGUUGUGUGACUUUAGCUCCACCCUCCUACCCCCUACUCUUCUACCCUGUCUUCCAUUGCCCCAGAAAGUAGGGCUUUACCACAGACUCCCUGCAAAGUCCAGUCCCCUCCCUAUUCUCAAGGGUCUAUGCAGCCAGGUCCCUGCAGGCCCUGGUGGAGUGAACAGGGUUGAGAGUGCAUGGGUACAUUCUCUCCUACUCCAAGAACAUCCUAAGGAUGUGAUAUCUUGCCCUGAGGUUGGAGAGAAGCCUCAGGACUAGCAUUUAGUGUUCUGUGAGAUUUCUUGGAUCCGUUUGGGGCUUUACCCAAAACACAUGGACCUGAGGAUGUGUGGACCAAGACACUAAAAUGCAUCAGGGAGCAAGCUUGGUUUCACCUGAUGUCUGUACAGAAUGCUUGGUUCCCCUUAUGGGAAACUCUACAGUGCCUGCCCUGGGCUGAUCCUCCCCAGAGACCAGAUGCCAUGGUAGCCAGAGGAUUCUGGUGCUGGUUCCAGCUCAUCUAAAUGCUAAUCUCCAUUAGUGCUGACCCUCUGGCCCAGAGCAGCCAAAGGGUCUCACCUGGAUGUCCCAGGAUCAUUUCCAGCAUCACCUAGAGUUCUUCAGACUCAUGUCUGGAUUAAAGUAUCUCAAGCCCCUGGGUCAACCUCUAGCUGCCUACAGCUUGGCCAUCCACCUCCUAUGGAGGUGACACUGCUGCCUUAGGAGGUCGUCUGACACCGAGGCUGAUCUUAGAGAUGCAGCACAUGUUGCCUGGUGCUAGGGAAUACGCUGUUCAGGAUAGAGUGGAAGCAACUUCCACAAAUCCUGAUGAGCACCUCGGCUCAGAACAGUUCUUCCAUCCAAAGGGCCACGAGGUGCUGUGUCUGAUUUUCCUGUGGUUGCUACAUGGUCACCCCACCCCAUGUACUCCUCAUAGCAAGGUCACCUUCUCCAGAGAGCUUGACCUUUGAGUGCCCCAGUCCACAGGAAGGCAAGGCAAUGAGGAAUGAAGAGCCUGUCAUCUGUGUCCACAAAAGGAAGCUGAGGCCACGGAGUCUUUUGCGUCCUCAUUACUCACCAGGCUUACCAUAAGCGCUUAUUCAUCUAGCUCUGCUCUGCCAGAUCCCAAGGUGAGCUUCCAGAACCCGGCAGAGGAUGGUUGCCCCCACCCCUGCGUAGAGAGGAACAUGGAGUGCUCUCGUGUGUGAUAGGAAGAAACGUGUUUGCAACCCACACCAGCUUUUAAAGAACAAAUUUAGUCCCAGGUUGGAAGAGGAAGACAUUAACAGAUUUAUUCUGAGUAUUUUUUAGAGAGUUCAUAUUUAUAUUUUUAGAGAUUUUUCUGGUAGAAGGAAAUUGCACAAUAAAAUGAUUUGGUUUGGUUUGCCGGCUUUGGUUUUUCCCUUCCUGACUGAUGGGGAGAAGUGGUUUCCUCAAUGGAGAGCAUUGGCAUUUGGCUUUGGGAGCCUGGAGGAGUGAGAAGUAGGGAAGUGGAAAGGUGAGGCAGAUGAGCCUCGCUGACAGACCUCCAAC